AUUAAGUUAUCAAUUUACGAAAACAAAUGGAAUUUGAAAAACAUCGUAAUUAAAACUGACGAUUCUAGACUAAGGAAAUAAAAUAAAAAUGGAGAAGGACCGAAUUGUUUUUAAGGGAUCACACCCUGACAGCUUGUAUCGGGUGGCUACGGACAGCAACACAGGCGCCAGCAAAGUGACGCGAGUGCUGCGUGUACUAAGAUGGCCUGUUGCACUAAUCGCCGUGUGCAUCGCCCUCGCUAUCUUCGUGUACUUCCUCAUGCCUGACAACUUGGAGACGAGGGCAGGUGAGAACGGGACGUACUGGGAGCCUAUCGUGGCCGGACAUAGACCUCACCACGAUUCACAACGGGAACAUCAUAAAAAGAAGCCCGUGCAUGAAGAACGUGGUUCGAAACCAUCGGAAAUAGAUUUCUACGACCCCGAAAACAAUAAAAACCCUGAAAUAAGCACAGUUGAAACGAUUACAAAUACUAAUCAUCUAAGAAGCAUUCCCAUAUUUCCUGUUUUCCCAUCCCAUAUUUCACCUGAAGUUCAAUACGGUAACGAAAAAGCAGAUUCCAACAAUUUAAGAACACCAAAACAAUUUGAAGCUUUCGGCGACGCCAAUGACUCCACUUUGAAGCCACAUAUUACCCAAAAACCUGAAAAACCUUUAGAACUUUAUUUGAAUGAAGAGACAAGUACAACUACGGAAGUUAUAAAUAGAGCUGAAACUAUAAACGAUUUCACCACGCAUGAUCACAAACAAGUGACCAAUAAGUUUGUGGAACCAUCUGCGUCUGUUAAACUGCGACAGUCUACCCACAAGGACUAUACCCAGCCAAUCCUGUACAACCACGGGAGAGACCAGCGAGUGCCGCUCGAAGUAGAAGAAUUCUACAGUCGCCGCCCCAAUAUUGAGGACGUCAACUUCACAUCAGGUCAUUCAAAGCUUUUUGGUAUAUCUAUAGAGGAUGCAGAAAAAAUGAAAUCGACAACACAAAGCUCUCUAUACAAUACCAGAGUGUCCCCCACGCUUCCAACGUGGCGUGAUGGAGAUGACACAACAACUAAAAAGUACCCGUCAAAUGUCUAUUCAGAGGUUCAGUGUCGUUCGCCGCGUUUGGCUCUCUGUCGAGGCGUCCUUCCGUACGACUUAGCUGGAGCGCCAGCAAAGAUUGGAAAUAUGGAAAUCACAUCUCUCCUGCCCCAGAUCGACUACUUGGUGUCUACAAAUUGCAGUGAUCGUGUAAAGCACUUCAUGUGUGCUCUACUUGAACCUGAAUGCAAUGCCCCACCGUAUCCACUGAAAAUGCCGUGCUACAGCCUUUGUAAAGCAAUCUUUGAUUCGUGCGACGGCCAAAUUCCCGCUGAGUUGACCCCGGCUUUCAACUGCAAGCAGUACUCGCGAAGUAACUGCGUGGAUGCGAAGGCCCCCUGCUACCCUCGUGAAUUCGGCUGCGGUGACGGGUCCUGUGUUCCAAGGGAUUGGAUCUGUGACGGCACUAAGGAUUGUUCUGCCGGAGAAGAUGAAGCUACCUGCGUUCAGUGUGAACAAGCCGAAUACCGCUGUAGAUCAGGCGGGUGCAUCCUGAAACGUUGGCUCUGCGAUGGCUAUUCGGACUGUCCAGACGGCGACGAUGAACAUAGUGAAACCUGUGGCUCGCACAACCCUCAUACUUUUAUUACCGACACUCUAGAACCUAGUCAAGUACAAGCUGCUUCCGACAUUCGCGAACCCGGCGAAGAAUCUGCAGGGUCCGCUCCAGCACCAGCCGUCCGAAGACCAAACAGAGUGCCUAUUGGACAGAAGGUCUCAAGACACCACGGUGAAAAUGAAAGCAGCAAGGAACUGCUGAUCACGAGCGACAGUAACAACGGUUUAAGAAGAAAUUACACGCGCCGGCCCUUACCUUCAAGGUUGUCCCAUUAUCAACAUAGUCAUAUGCGAGGCAAAAAUCAAGAUACCAAGAAAGAAGUUGUAACAGAGAAAAAUGCAAAGGAAGUGGACGUGAAAAAGUCUGAGGGAGAUAAAGCCACGCAAAAACCCUCGGAAAAUGAGUCCAUCGAAGAUGUCAAUAUGGGAGAUCUAGGAUUUUUCGAUGAAUUCGAGAAGGAGGGUAAAGAACAAGCUCGUAGUGGCGAUGACACAAAGGCAAAGCAACGUGCGAAACCGAAGUUUGGAGUACCCCCGCCCAGCCCGACAGCCGCAACAAAGGCGACACAAUCCACUCGUCUCGAUAAAACAGCCAACAAUUUGGAUAGAGUUAUUGAUGGAGCUGGUCUUUUAAGGAAAGCACAAGCUGCGCAAGCGGCGGAGACAGCAGUAGAAGAUUCAUCGUUUAAUGACACCUCCGUGUAUGUGGAUAAAGAGGAGACACUUAUAGCGCCUAUUACACCCAUUGACAAUCAAGCUAAUCAAGCUAAUCCAGGCGGCGGCAGGCCUACGCCGGUCGCCACUGCACGUGACUUCGGCAAGGGAGACUGGUCGCGGGCGCAUGCCUCACCGUGCCCAAGCGGUGAACUGCGCUGCGUGGAUGGUCGCUGCAUCACUCUGGCACAGCUGUGCGACGGAACCAUCGACUGCUCUGAUCACGCUGAUGAAGACAACUGUUACACGUGAUCGUACUACCACCCAGAUAGUGGUAAGUUAGGUUGUUAGAGAGUGUAUCUCACUCAAGCGAUGUCGUUAUUAUUCCAGUUGCUGCUGAUCAGUACCCAGCCACCAAUAUGAGUUCUACGACUGUUUAUUUAAUGUCAGCUUGCUUAUAUUAAUAUGUUUAAACUUAUAAAAGAGAAAGAGUUAGAAUUCAAUAGAUCCAUCACAAGUUGUUAAAAGUGAACGUUACGCUACAGAAAUAUAAUAAGCUGAGUAACUUAAAACAACAUUGGCUCGUUGGUUUGAAAGCUAAUAAAUUAAAUUGGGGUAUCCUUAAUUGGAGCUAACAAGCACUGGAUAAAUACGUCAUCAGAAUGACCCACGUGCACCCUUAAGUUAUGUUUUAAAAUAGUAUACGCUGUGAUAAAGCAAUGCAUGAAUAAGGUGGAACAAACUCACAUUCUGCCAGUGAGGCAGGUUAGUCUCACGUGUGCUACCGUCCAUUUUAGUAGUUAUAUUAAUUAUUGUAAGUACCUGUAGAGCUAGGGCCUAUAUAUUUAGAUGUAAAAAACAUUAAUCAUAAUCUUUGUGCAUGCGUUGACUAACAUAUAAGCAAUUGUAUUUUUAAAUUUAAACUAAUGAUCUGUAACGUAUAUCAUUAAUUCUCUUUCUAUAUCCGUCCGUCAAUAUU